AACAUCAUAUCUCUCGUGGUUUUAAGUCUUUUACAUAACUCGAUCGAUGGACACGAGAGUUUUGAUGGACGGAGGGGAAUUACCAGAGGCACCGAUGAUCUCCGGCAGCUUUCCGAAUUUCGCAACUCAUCAGAGUCUGCUCAUGAUCCAGCAGCAGCAGCAGCAGCAGCAGCAGCAGCAGCAAGUAUUGCAGGAACAGAGUAUUUAUCAUAAUUCAAUAGCGCCGUUGCUCAUGCCGGAGUUGGGGUUAGCGUCGCUGCUUCUGCCGAGCGGUGCGGCGGCAGUGUCCCUGCAGGGUGAUGAGGCAGAAGGAGAAGCGGGCGGAGGUGGUGGCCGGUCGAACGACAAGUCAACGCCGACGACGAUGGGGAAGAAGGCGAUGAGCCCCAAGUUUGCGUUCAGGACCAAGAGCCCUAACGACAUCCUCGACGAUGGGUAUCGAUGGCGCAAGUAUGGGCAGAAAGCCGUCAAGAACAGCCCUUAUCCCAGGAGCUACUACCGGUGUACUCAUCACACAUGCAACGUGAAGAAACAAGUCCAACGCCAAUCCAAAGACGCAAGCAUUGUAGUGACCACCUACGAGGGAAUACACAACCAUCCCUGCGAGAAGCUGAUGGAGGCUUUUGCUCCUCUCCUCAAGCAGAUUCAAUUCCUCACUGGCCUCUGAUAAAACUAUGCAUAUUGAUUCGAUUCGAUACAUAUAAAUACACUUACCACUGUACAAACUAUAUAUGCAAUGUCUUGAUCAUUGAUCCACCCCAACGGGAGAGAAAACCAGACAAUAAUAAUAAUUCAUUUGAUGCUCAUCGUCAAAGUGUUAAAUAUGUGUGAAUAGAGAAAAAGUGAAAGAUGAUAGAAACUUCAUUGUAAAUAGAAUUUUAAUCUCAUAUUGGG